AUGGCGCUCGGAGCGUGCAGUCGCCACCACAACCCCUCCUCGCCUCCAUCAACCAAAUCUCUCGCCCUUCUCCGAGCCGCCCUUUCGUCCUCGUACCCGCCUGAUUCGUCCAAAGGACCACUCAAGUUCGACCUCGACGUUGUAGAGGGACCGCCAACUGCAGACCAGCUGCAGACUAUCCUCGGCUACCUCCCCUUUCCGUCGGCCAACAGUCCAUCUGCGCCUUUGCGCGCUUUCCUAUCUCCGCACCCCGCGGGCGGAGAUGAAGGCGGCGUCAACAGCGCAAAUCAGCUGGCGAAGCUCGCGCAGUCGAACCCGAAAGCUGUCAAGUGGCCUGUUGUCGUCGAUUGGGUGGGUGGACGCGCAGCUGUGGGUGACGUUGAAGGUGUCAAGAGCAUUCUGGAGGAGAUACGGAAAGUGAGGGACGGGGAGAAGGAGGGAGGGGAUGGUGUGGAUCAGCCGAAGGGGUGGUUCUCAUGA